UCCUGCAGAAGCUUCAGGAACGCACCUUCCUCCAGACACCAUGAAUAACAAGAUCAUCAUCUACGAGCACGCCAACUUCCAGGGCCUCAGCAGAGAGUUCACCUCUGAUGUUGCCAACCUGAUCAAUUACAAUUUUAACGAUUGCGUCUCCUCUCUGAAAGUCAUUGGUAAUCCCUGGGUGGUCUACAGGGACGUCAAUUUCACUGUUCCUCUGGCGGCGUAUGAAGAGGGUGAGUACGCCCAAGUGGACGAAAAUGAGACCUUCUCUUCUCUGCAGUUGGUGACUGAAGACCUUUCGAACCCUCAGAUCACACUCUAUGAACAUGGAAACUACCAGGGCAGAAGUAUAGUGAUCAACUGUGAGACCAACCUCUGCUCUGGCUCUUUCAAUGAUAUUGUAUCUUCUCACAAAGUGCAGAGAGGGGCCUGGGUCCUGUAUGAGAACGGGAACCUAACUGGAAGAAAGAUGGUGGCCAGAGCUGGUUGUGAUGUGUCUUUCUAUGAGUCGUUUAACGACUGCCUGUCUUACCUGCGUCCUCUGAAGUCAGGGAAGGCCACUCUGAAAGCUGUGCUUCUCUGGGACAAGAAGGAAGAAAAGGUCAAUUGGGUCACCACCAAUUCUUCGUCCAGCCUGAACUUUACUGAUGAAACGAAACCCUUCAGUUCCAACCCAAGCCAAAUGUAUGACGCCUUCAUCUCUGAGAGCUUCAACUUCAGCAGCGCUGCAGGGAUCGGCAUUGGGACCAAAUUUAAUUUAGAUCUCAGUGAGCUGAAGAAAGGGCAAGACUUUGCUGUUAAAGAGACUUUCACUGUGGAGAAGGGAAUCAACAACACCAGAGUGGAGAAGAAAAGCAUGCAAGUCUUUUUCCCAGCUGUUGUCCAGCCCCGCACCAAGCUCACUGUUAACCUGGUGACCAAGGAGGUGAAUAUAAAGGUCCCGGUCAAGCUGAUCCACGGUUUUAAUGAGACCCUUUGCGGGGAGUACGUAUGCUAUUCAGAGCUGUCUCUUAUCACUGAGUACAAGCAACAGCCUGUUUAGCCAUAUCACCUGAUCCCGGCAGCCUCCUACUGACGGCUAAAAUAUCUGAUCUGCAUUCGAGAUCAUUUCAUCUUUUAUUCCUUCCUUCACCUUCUCAGCUCUACUGCUCAUAACUGAAUAAGGGUUUCUUGGCAUCAUUACAGUAAUGGGAUCAUUGAUUUUGUCAUUCUUUAGUACAUUUAAUGAAUUCAUAUGAAUAAACAGUAGACAUCACUUUGCUUGGUGUGUUAAAUAUAAAUGUAAUAUA